AUGGCGGCGACGGCAGGGGUUUCUAUGCAGAGCAGUAGUCCAGCCAGAGAACUUACUCUCUCAGUCCAGCAAGGAGGGAGCCAACCUCAUGGAGAUCGGACUAAAACCGAAGAGGUAACAGAAGCAGAGAAACAGAGCCGCAUGGCUGCUCUACUGGAGAGGCUCCACGCCAAGCAUAAUGCUUCACGGCCUUGGCAGGAGACCUGCAAGGUGGUGCGUCAGGCCAUGGAGAAACGCGGUGUAAUGAAUGCAGCAGGCCACCAGCUCCUGCUCACCUGUCUGGAAACCCUGCAGAGAGCGCUGAAAGUGUCAUCUUUGCCCUCCAUGACAGAUCGGCUUGAAUCCAUCGCUCGCCAAAACAUGCUGGGCUCCCACCUCAGCCCAUCUGGGACAGAGUGCUACAUCACAUCAGACAUGUUCUAUGUGGAGGUGCAGCUGGACACCAGUGGACAGCUAGUAGACGUCAAGGUGGCUCAUCACGGGGAAAACCCUGCGAGCUGUCCUGAGCUGAUUCAACACCUAAGGGAGAAGAACUUUGAAGAGUUUUCCAAACAUCUGAAGGGCCUGGUCAAUCUAUACAAGCUCCCUGGAGACAAUAAGCUGAAAACCAAGAUGUAUCUGGCACUGCAGUCUCUGGAGCUUGAUCUAACCAAGAUGAUGCACAUGUUUAGGUUAGCCACCAAUGCUAAUACAGUGGAGACGAUACUUCAUGGCAGUGUGGGCCUGCUGACAGCCAGAAGUGGUGGCCAUCUUGUUUCUCUUCAGUGUUAUGUGUCCCCAUAUGACAUAUUUGAGGAGGGAACGGGCACACAGCUCAACUUGACAGACACUAAUGUGCCUCGCUCACUGGGUGUCAGUGUGUCUGUGACAGUUGAGGGCACCUCUUCAGUCUACAAGCUCCCUAUUGCUCCCCUCAUCACUGGAUCCCACCCAGUGGACAACAAGGGAACACCCUCCUUUUCUUCAGUGACCAACUCCAACUGUGUGGACCUACCGGCCUGUUUUUUCCUCAAGAUGAAUCGCCCCAUGCCCUUCUCGCUGUCUUUUAUUCAGAGGAUGGGCAGUGCUACUGGGAUUCCAGUGUUUGAAAACUCCCCUAGCCUUUCUCCUCUCUACCAGCUCAUUGUCCAAAGCCAGCUCCAGCUCCUUGAAGAGGGGAACUCCCCUCCACCGCCUUCACACAACAUGCACUUCUACUCUUUGUUGCCAGAUCAGCAGCACUGUUACUUCCUGAACGGUGAUGCCCCGGUACAGGAUGGUCGCUCCCUCCAAGGGGCACUGGUAUCAAAAAUCCCAUUCCGCCAUCCAGCCCAGGUUCCAGCCUUGCUUGAUAUCAUCCGGCACCAGGCAGCCUACAACACCCUGAUUGCCAGCUGUGUGAAACGCACUUCCAUCAAAGAGGACAGUGCAGGCCUACUGCAGUUUGAGGUGUGCCCUCUUACUGACUCUAGCUUCAGUGUCUCCUUCCAACACCCUGUCAACGAGUCCUUAGUCUGUGUGGUAAUGGAGGUGAUUGACUCUAGACAGGUGGCUUGCAAGCUAUAUAAGGGACUGUCAGAUGCUCUGAUCUGUACUGAUGAUUUCAUCACCAAAGUGGUCCAGAGAUGCAUGUCCAUCCCUGUGACCAUGCGGGCCAUCCGAAGGAAGGCCGAGACCAUCCAGGCAGACACACCAGCCCUCUCGCUCAUUGCAGAAACAGUGGAGAUCAUGGUAAAAAAUAACCUGCCACCUUCCGGUAGUCCCAGCUACAACAUGGCUACAGGUGAUGGAUCCAAUCCUAUGGGCCUGCCUGGGCUCACAGGGGGCAACACACCUACAGGGGGAGGGCCCCCUGGGGGACCAAAUUUUACAGGUCCCAUCACCUCUUUGUUUGGAAUGAGCCGUGGGCAAGCCCAAGGAGGAGGAGAAUGCCUAGGUCAAGGUGGGGUGACAGGGCAGCAACAGUUACAACAACAACAUCAGCAGCAACAACAAGGUCAGGGCCACUCAGACGAUUACAGCAAAGUCACCCAGAAUCCCAUCCUGACCAGUUUGUUACAGAUAACUGGAAGUGUAGGUUCUAGUCCAAGCUCCCAGAACACACCCUCACAACCCCACCAGACCCCACCUCCAACUUCCUCCCCUGCCAGCAACACCAAGAAUCACCCAAUGUUGAUGAACUUGUUGAAAGACAAUCCCACUCAAGAUUUUGCCACACUGUAUGGUUCCAGUCCAUUAGAGAGGCAGAAUUCAUCUGGCUCACCACGUACAGAGGGUAUGAGUGGGGCCUGCCCUGGAAGUGGUACAAAAGGGAAGAAAAAACGCCCACGGGGGACAGAAAAGGGUGGUGUUAUGCCUGGGGCUGGUGGUGGUGGUGGAGGAAGUGGGAUGGGCAUGAAAACACAGCAGACAUCGUCAAUGCAACAGCACCACCAUCAGCACCAAGCCACUCACGAGGAUGAUUUCCACCGUGAACUCUUCUCUAUGGAUGUUGAUGCCUCCCAGAAUCCUAUUUUUGAUGUCAAUCUGCCCGGAGAUGGCUUAGACACUCCCCAUAGCAUCACCCCAGCCCCUAGCCAAUGUGGGACUCCGCCCUCAGGCCCUGGUGGGCCCUAUCAUUCACAGUCUCAUGUCCAGUCUCAGCAACAACAGCAGGCUCCUCUACCCCCUCGGAUGGUACGCCUCUCUAGCUCUGAUAGCAUCGGAGCUGAUAUUACCGAAAUCUUGUCAGACUUGCCUGAGCAGACAGGUAAAGGUAGUAGUGGGGGCCACGGUCAGCACCAUAUGGGCAGUGGUGGGGAGGAUGGAGGCCCCCUAGGCACCCCUAUUCGUGAUUCGUCCAGCUCAGGCCAGGGCAGUGCGGUGUUUGACUCAGCGGACAUUUUUAAUACCAACAGCAACGAGAAUCCUUUCACAGAUGCUGCUGACCUGAUUGCUGAGGCUGCUGCUACUGCCGCGACACCCACCAGCGAUUCUUCUUCCACCAACUUUUUUCCUGAUGCUGCUGACUUCAACCCUGACCUGCUGACUUCAGGCCAUGGCUUCCCCCAGGGCUACUUUGAUGACAGCUCACCGAGUGCUGAUGGAGACAUGGACCUGGUCAAGGGUUUUGGUGGGAGCAGCCAGCAGAAUACCCCAUCAGGAACACCUCAGAAUCCCACACCACAUGGGCAGAGCACCCCUGAACCCUCACUGAAAGACCCUUUUGAUAUAGGGAUGGUUUUUGGAGGCAACAGUGGUGGGGGUAAACCACUUUUAGGGCAAGCUCCAGAUUUAGGGGAUUCACACUCAUCCCAUGGAGGAGGUGGACAGAGCCCCCUCAUGAUGGGCCUGGGAGGGACGAGCAGUGAUUUUAAAAGUUCAGAGGCCAAAGUGAAACAGCAACAACCGGGCCUCAUGAGGCCAAAGGAUGAGAAUGGAGGCAGUGGAGGGAGCAGUUCUGGGAUUGGGAUGAGUGGCAGCAGCUCGACAGAGGGGAAACAGGUCAAACGUAGCAGGACCCCAUCUAGUGAGGGGAAGUCAAAAGAGAAGCCCCCCAAACGCAAGAAGGUGGACCCUGAUGGAAAGUCCCCCUCCCACAGCUCAGGGGGACGCCCGUACACCCCUCCUAGUGGUGGCUCAGGCUCUGGAGGAAGCAUGAGUGGGGGAGGCUCCAAGUCUCCUGGUAGUUCUGGGCGAUCACAGACUCCUCCUGGUGGUGCCACCCCUCCCAUUCCCAAAAUUACAAUUCAAAUCCCCAAAGGGACUUUAUCUGGGGGGAAAACCUCAUCCCAUGGGGGGUACACCUCCAGCAGUUCAGCCACUAGCAGCACAGGUGGGACAGGGGGGACCAGUAGCAGCAAAAGCCACCAUUCUCAUUCCUCCUCCUCUUCUGGGAAGAUCAAGAGCAAGGAAGGCUCCAUGACACAGGGUAACAGCUCCAAGCCAGGGAAUGUGGGAGUAGGUGUUGGAGGUGUGCCGUCCCAGUCAAAAGGAUCCUCUCAGGGAAUGGGUGUUGGCAAACCAGGGUCCUCUCCCAUCACCAAACAUGGAAUGUCUGGGCCAGGCAGCAGUGGGAGUGGAAUUGGGAGUGGUAACAAGAUCAAGCCUCAAGGGGGCAAGCCUCCUGGGUCACUCAUGAAUCCCAGUAUCAAGCCUAACAUCUCUCCAUCUCACUCUCGCUCUGGUAGCUCUAGUGACAAGUUGUCCUCCCCUAUGAAAAUGCAGCAGUCCCAAGUUCCAGGAACCCCUCCAUCCUCCAAGGCGAAAUCCCCCAUGGGCUCAGGAAGUGGCAGUUCCGGAGGAUCUAAGUCCUCUUCCAGUGGUGGGAUGGGUUCCCAGAAGCCAAUGGGUAGCAGUUCUUCCUCUGGUUCUGCAUCAUCCUCAUCAUCCUCCAGCUCUUCAUCAUCGUCUGGUUCCAUGUCCUUUUCAGGAGGCUCACAGUCUCAGUAUGGGGGUGGUGGAGGAGGAAGUGGAGGGGGAGGAGGUUCAGGAGGAGGAGGUGGUGGUGGUGGAGGAGGAAGUGGCAGUGGAGGGGGCAGUGGUAGUGGCGGAGGAGCUGCUCAGAACAAUGCAAACAACCCAAAUGCCAAAGGCAAGUCUCCUAGCCGCAACAAGAAACCCUCUCUUACGGCAGUUAUAGAUAAGCUAAAGAGUGUAGGAGGAGGAGGAGUCGGGGAAGAUGGUUGUGAAGUCGGUCCACCGGUAGGGGGAAGUGGUGGUGGGUCUGGUCCUGGUUCUGGUCCUGGAAAUGUACCUAGCAGUGGAGCCCCUAACAUGGGUCCCUCCAAGCAUGCCAUGUCCUCCCAAAGUGGGGAGUACAAGCGGGAAAAGUCAGAUAAAGAGGCAAAAGCCAAAGUGUCUGUGUCAGGGGGCAACAGUGGGGAUAAGAAACUGAUGGACCCAAAAUCAGGAGGGGUCAGUGGGACUGGUCUGGCCAAAAUUAUCAUCAGUAAACCAGAUGGCGGUUCACCCAGCAUCAAGGCCAAAGUGACCCUACAGAAAGCUGGCGAAGGGUCUAGUGACUCCAUGCGCCCCCAGCUUUCUAGCCUCAAAGCUUCUCCCCUCUUCAGUGGUUCAACCCCAAAACAUGACCGCUCCUCCCCUAGUCACAGCCGCUCACCUGGAUAUACACCGCUCAACCACGACAGUGAGAGUGAGUCGGGCAGCAGCUCGGUAGCUGAGAAGUCCCACCAGAACAGUCCCAGCUCAGAUGAUGAUCAGACCAUGCGCCCUUUGCCCCCGCAGGACUACAUGAGCUCCAUUCCGCUCAGCUCAGGGGAGAAGCACAAGAAACAUAAGAAGGAGAAAAAGAAGCAGAAAGAGAGGGAGCGGGAGAGGGACAGAGAGAGGGAGCGGGACAGGGAAAAAGAAAAAAAGAAGUCGUCCAUGUCCAUGGGUCCAUCCUCGCAUCCCAUGAAAGCGGACAGUUGGUCACGGUCACCCAUCUCAGCCUCAGAUUCAUCGCUGUCCAUGUUGGGUUCAGAGCGGCCAUCCCGGCCUAGUCCAGUGUGCAUGCGAAAUGAAGACGAUGACCUCAUGGACUCAGCUCUCACUGGCAACCUUUAAUUAAUGUUGGGUUUUUUGUUUGUUUGUUUGUUUGUUUGUUUUGUAAAGAGAGACAGCAUUUGCAUUUUAUUGAAUUUCACCCAUUUUUGACCUUUUUUUUUUUUUUUUUUUUUUUAAUAAUGCAUGGCAUUUAACAGAAAUGGGACUUUUAAUAUUUAUUCAACUCAAGCCAAGAAUUGGAACUGGAUUAAAAAAAAAAUAGGAUACUGUGGCUGUCUGAAUGAUUGACCUGUUAAAGUUAUAUUUUAAAAUGUCAUAUUUUAUAGUUCAUCAGUAUCAGUGCAUAUUACUAUCGGGGUCUUAAGUUGGAUGCUAGUUACAUAUAUAAUUCAUACACUUACGUUUCCAAUUUCCUUAAGUUUCAUUGAGGAAAUGGCAUCAGACAGUAUAUUUUCAGAGAUAAAGGCAUUUAUUUUUGUCUUGCUGUGAUAUCAGAAUGUCAUUAUUGUCAAAUACUGUUGCAAAUUUUGUGUUCAUUUCACAUUUAAUUCAUCUACUUUUUGCUGUUAUUGAUCUGUCAUUGUCUGCAGCCGAUGUCUAAUCAAAAAACCUACAAAAAUGCCACUAUGUUUUAAAACUAAACUAUGGAAACUUAAAAAAGUAUUGCAAAACAAGAAGUGUACAGUGUUUAAUCGCCUUGUUUUUCAGAUAACUGGGAAUUUUUAGAUUUUGAUACGUUUUAAAUUGUUGAUGUGCAGAUUAGUGUAGGUGAAGACUGCUACAGAUGAUGAAGCUAACUGAGGAAAACAGACAUGUACUGGUAAUUUUUUUAACUGUAGAGGUCUUGGAAGCUUGAAAUAAAACUUUCACUGCCAGAAAAUUGUAAUCUUCA